AUAUUUGUGUAUGGCUUUGUGAGAGCUAAUGAAUGCCCAGUCUGCCCAGAAUCCAGAGUAUGCCAUGAAAAUGCAAGGGGCUUCUGUUAGAAUAAUUCUGUUAGGAGCCAGAAGCUCUCCAGUGGUUCAUCAGUGCCUACUUCCUUUGUGCUCCUUGGUGUUCUCUGCCAGCAGGCUCUCAGACAAAAGUCAAGAUGGAGAUCUAACUCUACAAGAACUUUUUAACCUAACUUUGUUGCAGAACCUAACUUUCAUCCAUUGCCUCUGUUUGUUCUCAGCUGCCCUGCCUCAGCUAACCAGCUUUCUUGGUGCUACCAAGCCAGCUGCUACCACAGACAUGUUUCAGAAAUGAUUUUCUUUUAAUAAUUGGAUCACUCCACAAAUCUGAUUUGAAAUAAUCAGGUAGGAAGCAGUAACAUGAGACAGGGAAUCUGCGAAAGAGAACAACGUGGAACUGCAUCCCCAGAAAAAAAAAUCGUCUCAAAACCUGCAGAUGUGCUGAAGAGGCUGUCUUCCCUGGCAGAGCAGUUAGGAUGGGUGCUCCGUGUAGUGAUGCUCUGAGUUACGUUUUUCCAACAGCAAAUCUGACUCAAUUAAAAUUCCUUCUCAUCUUCCCAUCUCACACAUUUCCCGUGCCUUCCUCCAUCCUACCACUGAAGGUUUGUGAUCUGUAGCAUGGAAUAAAUCCCACAGAUCAGCCACAUCAUUCAAGUCUAGUUAGAACACAGGCAACAGAAGGUGUAAGUUUGUCAUCCUUUACAGUGUGCUCCUACUUCAUUCCUACUGUUCCUUAGGUUUGAAGAAAAUCCUCACGGGGUGUUUUCUAGAGCCUCAGACAUUGCUACAGCUAUUCAGUGACAUCUUCAAAGUGCAGUAUUUCAUUUUCAAAGUAACAGAAAUGAUGUUUCUAGGAAACAUCUUUGCUUUCAGUCCUUCUACAAAGGACAACGAAAUCUGAUAGAACCCAGGAGAGAAUGUAGAUGAGAGGAAGCACACUUGGGGCAAAAACAAGAGACGUGGCUGUUACUGCAGGCUAGGAAUGCAGUUCUGCUUCUUUUCUGCUAUGCUGCACCAGAUAACAGUAAAAGGGCUCAGGACUUUCCAACAAAUGGCCAUUACAGCUACUGGUUUCAGAAGGAAUGAUGAUAACGCCACGGCAGAAAAAGGAGAUGAGAAGCACACAAUUCCCUGCACAGCUUCAUUACACACAGAAAGGAACUCAGCAACAGAUGUGUGCCGUUUUCACGGUUUUGUCGGCCGCUGUCUUACAGGCACCCCGUGUUUCCAAGGGAUUUGAACACACGUCAGGCUGCAUUUCCAGAAAUAGCACAGCACAGAACAAAUAGCCCACUUCCUAUAUAAGGUGCUUCAGAAAGCAGCAGUUUGGUGAAGCAACAAAGGGAACCGGCGCAGUUUCAGAGCAUUUCUAAGCUUUCGCCAGUUUUCCUCCAUAAUUUCUCUCUGCUAAACUGUCUGCUCCAGUUAUUACAUCUCAGUUACAGAAGAGAACGCAGUAAGUAAUGCUGUCUUUUGACAGAAUAUAUUGCCUUUUUGCAUGCAACAAGUGUGCCUUCUUUCUAUAUCCGCUUUUAGAAACAAUUGCACAACAUUCAAAUCAGGAGAAAUAAAGCAGCGCCUCGUGAAGACGAUCAUGUUCCUCAGAGUUGUUCUGCUAGGAAUUCUCCUUCUCAGCAUCCUCGGGACAGAGACUGCUCUGGCUGGCUCUAGUUUUUUAAGCCCCGCAUAUAAAAACAUACAGCAACAAAAGGAUGCAAGAAAACCAACAGUAAGAUUACAUCGCCGAGGCACAGAAAGCUUUUGGGAUACAGACAAAGCAGAGGGAGAAGAUGACAAUAACAGUGUUGAUAUCAAGUUUAACGUUCCUUUUGAAAUUGGUGUCAAGAUAACAGAAAAAGAAUAUCAAGAAUAUGGACAAGCAUUGGAGAAGAUGCUACAGGACAUUCUUGAAGAGGAUGCUAAAGAAACUCCGACAAAAGACUGAAGCGAACUGAAGGACACCCACAGCACUAGAUGGCCUGGUUUGAGUUUUACUUUAAAAUGAACUGAAUUUACACCUCUAAGAAGAAAGGAGGACGUGAACUUGAGUAGUUUGCUCUAAGAAAAAGACAAGAAUCUACAAGCAAAACUUCAAAGGGCAAUGUGAAUCACAGGCUGACAUGUAGGCUUAUCUUAUUUCCUUCUUUAGUAUCUACUGUGAUUAUUUUAAAUGAUGUAUUUGAAAGCUGUAUGAAUCCUUUCUGCGACUGAUGGAAAGUCCAUCUUAUUCUUCUAUAGACAUCUGUAACAGAGAAUAAAGCUUAUGCUGAAA